AUGAAGUGUUGGAAACUGAUGCUGACGACGCUUACUGCGUUCUUGACUGUAGCCAGUGGUAUUGAUCUAGACGUUGAUGAUUUAAAUUCGUUGCAAAAGGCGACUUCUCUGGUUUCUUCUGGUUUGAUGGAUUAUUACACGGGUCUGCAGAAGGGCCAGACUAUCGGUAUGUUCGCGAGCCCCAGUUACUGGUGGCAAGCCGGUGGUGCUUGGGGUUCUAUUCUCGAUUACUGGUACUAUAUGCAAAAUGAUACAUACAAUUCGAUCCUAACGCAAGCGUUGCUCUACCAGACCGGUGACAACAACGAUUAUAUGCCUUUGAACCAGACAGUGACCGAGGGUAACGAUGAUCAAGCGUUCUGGGGGUUCGUCGUGAUGGCAGCCGCAGAGAGAAACUAUCCAAACCCACCAAAGGAUCAACCCCAGUGGUUAUAUUUAGCGCAAGCGGUGUUCAAUACGAUGGCUUCUCGUUGGGAUUCCGAUACGUGUGGUGGUGGGCUCAGAUGGCAGAUUUUCACUUGGAACUCGGGUUACGACUACAAGAACUCGGUUUCGAACGCAGCUUUGUUCCAUAUGGCUUCGAGAUUGGCCCGUUACACGGGUAAUUCUACUUACGCUGACUGGGCUACUAAGGUGUACGACUGGAUGCAGGAUGUCGGUAUGUUGACUGAUAAGGAUGAGAACAGUUCCUUCGUGUACGAUGGUGCCUCCAUCGAGAAUAACUGUACCAAGAUCGUCAAGUAUCAAUGGACUUACAACCAGGGCCUAAUCUUGAGUGGGAGCGCUUACAUGUACAACCACACAGGUUCCGAACUAUGGCAUAAGAGAACGAAAGAUUUCCUGAACUCUGCUAGCGUGUUCUUCAACUCAACUAAUAACAUCAUGUACGAGGCAGCUUGUCAAGGUAGUGGUUACUGUAACAACGAUCAACGUUCUUUUAAAGCCUACUUCUCAAGAUUUUUGGGUUUGACUGCUCAGUUGGUCCCCGAAACGAGAGAUGACAUCAUGAAAUUGCUCAAGGCAUCUGCUAAAGGUGCUGCUCAAUCGUGCUCCGGUGGUACAGAUGGUCACACUUGUGGUUUGAAUUGGUUUUACGACGGUUGGGAUGGUAAAUAUGGUCUAGGUGAACAAAUGGCCGCCUUAGAAGUUAUGCAAAACCUUAGAUGUCUGGAUAGACCUGCACCACUAACAGCAAAUACUGGUGGUACUUCUGUGGGUAACCCUGCUGCAGGUACCGAACAGUCGCCAUCCAAUUUGUCGCCAUUAACUAUAACACAUGGGGACAAGGCCGGUGCCGGUAUCAUUACUGCAGUAAUCGGUAUAACUAUUAUUGGAUCUGUUGUAUGGUUGGUACUUUAA